GCAGUGUUCAAUAAAGUGGUAGCGGUGCAUUUCGCCUCCUGUAAACACGAGGUCGCACCGAGAUUCAAGUCAGUUCCUCUCUGUCAGGCUGGGAAAGCGCUUCUGCGGCACCAGAGGUAUGCCCUCAGAAAUGUCACCUCUGCUGUGCGUGUGCUGUCUGCUUCUGGCAACCCGAGGCUCGGCUUUUAAUCUGGAGACAACCAACACGAUCGCCAAGGAAGGAGAAACAGGCAGUUUGUUUGGAUUUUCCGUGGCGUUACACAAGCAGACGAACCCGAACGUUCAGAGCUGGAUUCUGGUGGGAGCACCGCAGGCCCGGGCCCAGUCACAGCAACUCGCCAAUCGCACUGGAGGACUCUUUGCCUGCCCAAUAAUAACCGAAGAUGAUGAGUGUGAUCAAGUCGAAAUUGAUAAUGAUGUUGAUCUGAAGAGGGAGAGUAAAGAGAACCAAUGGUUGGGUGUGACGGUCAAAAGCCAAGGAAUUGGAGGGAAGGUUGUGACCUGUGCCCAUCGCUAUGAGCUGAGGCAGCGUGUGAAUCAGUCGGCGGAAACCCGCGACAUGAUUGGGCGCUGCUAUGUGCUGAGCCAGGACUUGCAGAUCCGAGACGAGCUGGAUGGCGGUGACUGGAAGUUCUGUGAAGGCCGCACGCAGGGUCACCAGCGCUUCGGGUACUGCCAGCAGGGCAUCGCGGCAGGUUUCACACCGGACGAGAAUUACAUUUUAUUUGGUGCCCCGGGCACAUACAACUGGAAAGGUAAUGUUCGGACAGAACAGUUGAGUCAUUCUUUGGUUCACUUGGGCAUCUAUGACGACGGUCCGUAUGAAGCGGGUGAUGAAAGAAAGCAGGACGCUAAUCUGAUUCCUGUACCUGCCAAUAGUUACUUAGGUUUAAUAUUUCUGACAACUACCAGUAGUUCAGACCCUGAUCAGUUGGUUUACAAGACACCGGACCCAGCUGAGAAACCAGCCCGGAGUUCUCACGACGUAGCCCAACAUAGUUACUUAGGAUUCUCAGUAGAUUCAGCUAAAGGUCUCACUCAGCAAGACGAGCUGAGUGUGGUCUCGGGGGCACCCAGAGCCAACCACACUGGCGCUGUGGUGAUCCUGAAGAAAGAGGGCGUCAACAGACUGGCACCGGAACACAUUCUGUGGGGCGAGGAGCUGGGGUCCUCAUACGGCUAUGCGGUUGCCACGGUUGACCUCAACAACGAUGGGUGGGUGGAUCUCGUGGUCGGCGCUCCCUACUUCUUUGACCGAAAGGAGGAGAUUGGUGGUGCCGUCUACGUCUACAUUAACCAGGCCGGCAAGUGGGGUGGCGUGAGGAGUCUCCGGCUGAACGGGACCAAGGAUUCGUUGUUUGGGCUGGCCGUGGCUAACAUUGGCGACAUCAAUCAAGAUGGAUUUGAAGACAUUGCUGUUGGAGCACCCUACGAUGGAAAUGGGAAGGUCUACAUCUACCACGGCAACAUCUUCGGGCUCAAUGUCAUCCCAGCUCAGAUCAUCGAAGGUGAAACCGUUGGGGUGACAAAAUUUGGCUACUCCAUCGCCGGGGGACUCGACGUUGAUGAUAACUUUUACCCCGAUAUGGUGGUCGGCUCCCUCUCCGACUCUGCGGUUCUGUUCAGAGCUUGUCCUGUCAUUAAUGUGACGAAACAGGUUUACAUCAAGCCCCAGCCAAUUGAUCUGGAAUUAAACAACUGCAAACAUGAACCGGGGAUCUGUAUUGAUGUCAGGGCCUGCUUCCUUUAUAGAUCGAAGCCUGGAUCCUACAACCCCAGGAUUGUUCUUGGCUUCGUACUUGACGCCGAUUCAGUUGAGGUGGAUGGCCAACGCAAAAGGCCUCCCCGCGUCUCCUUCCAGAAACGGAAACCAACUGACCCCGAGAACCAAUACAGCGGGGAGGUGGUCCUGAGGAGGCAAACAGAAUCCAGCUGUAUCAACGUGACCAUGAAACUACAGGAGAACCUGCGGGAUAAACUGCGGCCCAUCCCGGUGACGUUGACCUACCUGAUCAAGGAGGUGAAGCGCAAAAGGAAGCAGGUGGAGAGGCAGCUGACUCACCUGAUGCCUGUCUUAAACGCUCAGGACUCCAACGUACACCGAGAAGAGGUGAAUUUUCUUCGGGAGGGUUGUGGCCCGGAUAAGAUUUGUCAGAGUAACUUACAGAUGAAGUAUAACUUUUGCUCCCGACUUGAUGAAGACAUAUUCCAGCCCUUGCCAAAAGAUGAGCAAGGGCAGCAGGUAUUUUACCUCAGUGACCAGAAGGACAUUGCCUUGGAGAUCACCGUCACUAACCAGCCAUCGGACAUGGCGAACCCAAUGAAAGAUGGUGACGAUGCCCACGAGGCAGUCCUGAUCGCAAACUUCCCAGACAGUCUUUUCUAUUCUGCCUUCCGAACAUCUCCAAAACAGGACAGCAGUCUGUUCUGUGCUGCCAAUGCCAAUGGAUCCCAGGCUGAGUGUGAACUUGGAAACCCCAUGAAGAGGAACGCUCAGGUCACCUUUUACUUGAUCUUAAGCACCUCUCGAAUCGCCAUUGAAACGACAACUUUACCAAUUGUACUUCAGCUAUCAACCAUCAGUGAACAGACCGGUUUGGACCCAGUCACAGCUACUGCUCACGUCAUACUGGUACUGCCAGUCUCUCUCGUUCCAAAUGUCGAACCUCAGAAUGUGUUUUUUGGAGGUGACGUCAUGGGAGAAAGUGCCAUGAGGAAAGAGGAGGAUUUGGGGAGUCGUGUUGAUUAUAAAUUAACGGUGCUCAACACGGGUAAGGUGCUGAGAACUUUGAGCUCUGCUUUCCUGAACAUCCAGUGGCCUUAUGAGAUCGGCAACGGCAAAUGGCUCUUAUACCCGAUGAAGAUCGAAUUUGAAGGGGAUGAGAAUACUGAGUGCUCUCCUGCCUUUGCGAUCAAUCCGCUCAAACUGCCUCGCGAUGGGGAUAACCCUGUGUUGUGGAGCCCUGAGAGGUUACAGAAUGGAGGUCAACGCCAAUCAUUACUUCACCAUGCAGAAAGCAAGAAGACUCUGACCCUGGACUGUGAACUGGGCACUGCCAGAUGUGUUGCCUUCCAGUGCCCUCUCCGAAUUCUCAACACAACAACCCGAAUGAGUAUAUUUGCCCGGCUGUGGAACAGCACCUUCCUGGAGGAAUAUGCUUCAUACAGUUCCAUCGAGCUGACCAUCCGUGCGAACAUCAGCGUGAAGUCAAGCAUCCGAAACCUGAAGGUGAAGGAAGCUGCUGCUGAGUUUACCAUACAAAUAUACCCAGAGAAGACCAGUGUGGGAUAUGUCGGAGCGCCCUGGUUGAUUAUACUCAUUGCCGUCCUGGCAGGAAUCCUCGUGUUAGCUCUCCUUGUGCUCCUCCUUUGGAAGUGUGGAUUUUUUAAGCGUUCCCGUUACAAUGACACCGUCCCACAAUACCACGCCGUGCGGAUUGGCAAGGAACAGCGGCAGCUCCACAUGGAUGAGAAAAAGACGCGGUAUCAGAAGGAAUGGAUGACUCACUGGAUUGACAGUGACGGCUACUCAUGAACCUUAUUUAUUUUUGUAUACUUUAAUAAUGCGGCCUAAAAAGAAAACCCCACCCCAAACAUAAACCACGUAUGUUUCUGAUUAUAGCAACAACCAGCUGCACUGAAAAUGAACAAGGUGAUGUUUUGAGACAGUUGGGAGCGACAAAAUUUGCAUCCGAACCCAAAACUGCCACUGGAGAACGUUCUGCUGAGAUGUUUGUGUGCCCUUCCGACUGAACCACUAACAGACUUGGUGUCAUUUGUACGAGUCAGUCCCACAAAUAAUGAACCCCUCUCCCCACCCGCCAAACCACGCUUCCACUCUCCUGCCUGAUAUCUGUUGAAGGGAUCGGAAGAUCAUUUGGGUUCCCAAGUCCGGUGUAAUAUUUCUGAGGGGAAAGCAGGAAUUUCAACCCAUUAUCAAGCUGACAAUAGAGUUUUCUCACUCUCAGCCAGCAGAUGUUUCACUCAAAAGGGGGUUCCCUGACAGAUGUCCUGAAUUGAUGGCUUCAUGUAGAGCAAGUUGAGACCUGUUGACUCAUGAAACCAACUCAGUUCAGUGUGUGUCUGACCGUUCUGGUGCUGACUCCCUGAGGCACGUUGAUGCUCGGGCAGCAGCCUGGAGCCUGAAGGGUUAACUCACAGAUUAGGGCAUUCAGAGACCAGGGCGACAUGUUGAAAGUCAAGUGGCCGCCUGAGAGAAAUAGUGAACAUUUGGAAGGUGAGAACCUGCGUUUGACAGGGCGCUGGCUACCUCCUCACCCUGUGAAUGGCUCGGUGGCGUUUCAGGCCUGGGGGGGGUGGUGGGGAUAUCGCAGUUGGUUACUGCAGCAGCUAGGGGGAGCACAGCAAGAGUCCACAAACAGCGAGGACACAGACUGACACAAAAAUGGGCGUUGGGCCCAACUCCAAUCGGUCAAUGCCAUUUCACUCACCCCAGUCCCAUUCAUCUCACCCAAUCAGCAUCACUCUUUUCUCAUCAGCCAGCUAUAGAGUUCCAGUGCUCAGUAUCCAUCAGCACCCUUUACAACCCCCUCUAACUCUAUGUGAAUUUAGUCCUCUCCCUCUCAAUCUCCUUUUACUGUUGUCACAGUGCCCCGAGGAGCUGAGGUUUUUUAUAAUGAGAAACAUGGUUGGUAGUUUCUUACAAAAAGCAUCCAGAGGUGUGGAGUAGCAUUUCUAGAUAGAGGGGAAAACAAAGCUGGUGGGAUUUGAACCCAGGACACCUAGUCUUCGAACUAAGGACGCUACCACCACACCAUUCCCAAUUCAUGUGUGCUUCUGAUCCAGUUCAUUAUAGGGUGAGUUGAUUGAACUAACUGCCCCUGCAACUGCAGGAACGGGCUGAAAAUGUGUUGCUGGAAAAGCGCAGCAGGUCAGGCAGCAUCCAAGGAACAGGAAA